AUGAUGUUGGUAGGUAGAGUGCGAAACGCUGCUAUUUACCAUUUACAUUAUAUUGUGUAUGGAGUGCUUUUGUUUCUUUGGUGGUUACCACGGGGCAGAAUUGGUACGCAAGAACCAGAAAGCAGAAGAAGAGAGUGGGACGAGUUCGACAGCCCAGUUAGCCGCGCUGUUAGAGAAGAGCGGACCGAGUUCACGUUGGACAAGAGGAACGGAGGACGCGUCGCAGUUGUCUGGGUGAACAUAAGUUUCGGCAGUUAUGAAUACCGUUUAGAUGGUCUUCAUCUCCUUCUCCUGGCAUGCGAACGUCUAUUAGCUAGUAAACGCUCGAGAACCUAUGAGAAGGAAACACAUAUCAAAUUGGCUAUUUUUUCUCUGUUAAUUAUGCUUAUGAUUUACGUGAGACGAACGAACAUGAAGCUCUGGCGUCAUAGCCGUGGAACUCUGGAUGUUUCUCAUGAAUAUCAGAUUCGGGAAAAUGCGGAGACAGCGUUAGCUCUUUACCGUGGUUUCGUCCUCAUUGCGUUGCAAUCACUUAUCGGUUUGACUGCCAUAACAAUCUCCAAUGCAUUCAGACUAGUCGAUCCUAUUCCUAUCCUCGAAAAAAUCUUCGGCGCUAUAUUUAACCUUACUGCGGCACUACCUCUAACUACUGCACCUUUAAUAUUAUAUUUGUGCAGUGAUAAAGUUAAUGCUGCUGUUAAACGUCAAUAUAGAAAAGUAUUUUACUCCAAGGCAGAAGCCAAACGCGCUAGUCAGCGAGAACUUGUUGGUUUAGAUGGGAAUCAGCUACAAAUUAAAACCAACGAAGAAGCGAACGUAUAUUUUGAACAACUUCGAGUUGCUUGGAAAUGA